AUGCUGUUUCGGACUAGACUACGAACUACCCUUGUUACAAUUGCACAGGCACAACACUUACUUCCAAUUCCCAAUUCAAUUCUCUUCACCGCCGCCACCACCACCACCACCAGUAGCACCAUUACCUCGUUGUUCGAUCACCUCAAGUGUCCACCACAUCUUCUUGAAGCCAAAAGAUUGCACGCUCUUCUUGUUGUCCUCGGUUUCUUUCACCCCACUUGUCCUCAUAAAUCCUUUACUUCACAGCUUGUCAAUGUCUAUGUCAACUUUGGUUGCCUCCAAUACGCUUUUCUCACCUAUUGUCUACUGCCCCUCAAGGGAAACGUUGCUUCGAAUGCCAUACUCCGAGGUCUUGUUCAUGCUGGCCACUUUACCCAAGCCAUUCAGUUCUAUCUCUCCAUUCUCAAACAAGGGCUUAACCCUGACAAUUACACAUACCCACUUGUCCUAAAGGCUUGUUCUUGCAUGCAUGCACUUGAACUGGGAAGAUGGGUUCAUGAGACGAUCCUCUGCAAUGGGGUGCACUGUAAAAUAAAGCCUAAUCUUUUUGUUCAGUGUGCUGUGAUUGACAUGUUUGCCAAGUGUGGCAGCUUCGAAGAUGCACAUAAGUUAUUUGAAGAAAUGCCGGUUAGAGACUUGGCUUCCUGGACUGCCAUGAUAUGUGGAACCGUGUGGAAUGGUGAGUGGCUUGAAGCGCUUUCACUGUUUAGAAAGAUGAGAUCACAGGGUCUGAAGCCUGAUUCAGUGAUUGUAGCAUCUAUCUUACCAGUAUGUGGCAGAUUGGAGGCUAUGCAUUUGGGAAUGGCACUGCAAGGCUGUGCUGUGAGGAGUGGCUUUGACAGUGAUUUGUACGUCUCCAACGCUAUCAUUGACAUGUACUCUAAAUGUGGUGAUCCAGUUAAGGCCUAUCGUGUAUUCAGCCACAUGGUUAAUAGGGAUACAGUUUCUUGGAGUACCUUGAUUGCUGGUUACUCACAAAAUUGCCUAUAUCAAGAGAGUUGUGAACUGUUUGUUAAAAUGGUAAAUACGGGUUUAACAACGAAUGCCACUGUUGCCACAAGUGUUCUUCCCGCAUUGGGAAAACUCAAACUGUUGAAACAUGGGAAGGAGAUGCACAACUUUGUUCUUAAAGAAGGACUUGUAUCGGAUGUAGUUGUACGAAGCGCAUUGAUUGAUAUGUAUGCUAAUUGUGGGUCAAUCAGGGAAGCAGAGUCAAUAUUUGAGUACAUAUCAGAUAAGGAUACUACGUUAUGGAAUUCACUGAUUGUAGGGUAUAAUUUAGUCGGUGAUUUUGAGUCAGCAUUUUAUACCUUUAGAAGAAUUUGGGAAGCUGAGAAUAGGCCAAAUUCCAUUACUUUAGUAAGUGUUCUUCCUAUAUGCACCCAAUUGGGAGCUCUUAGACAGGGAAAGGAAAUUCACGGUUAUGCAAUCAAAAGUGGUCUGGGAUAUAAUGCGUCUAUUGGGAACUCUCUGAUAGACAUGUACAGCAAAUGUGGAUUUCUGGAACUCGGAGUGAAGGUCUUUAAGCAGAUGAUGGUAAAGAAUGUCAUAACAUAUAACACUAUGAUCUCUGCUUGUGGAGCUCAUGGACUAGGAGAAAAGGGUUUGGAAUUUUAUGAAGAUAUGAAAGUGGCAGGAAUUAGACCAAAUAAAGUUACUUUUAUUUCACUGUUAUCCGCGUGUAGUCAUGCAGGUCUAGUUGACAGAGGUUGGGUGUUGUAUAAUUCUAUGAUUAAUGAUUAUGGUAUUGAACCAGAUAUGGAGCACUACUCGUGCAUGGUGGAUCUCAUUGGUAGAGCUGGAGAUCUUGAUGGUGCAUACAUAUUCAUAACAAAGAUGCCUGUGAUACCAGAUGCCAAUGUUUUGGGAACCUUACUAGGUGCUUGUCGACUUCACAACAAAGUGGAACUGGCUAAGCUCCUUGCAGAGCAUAUUUUCCAAUUAAAUCCUGAAGAUCCAGGCCACUACGUUCUUCUAUCAAAUUUAUAUGCCUCUGGGAAUCGAUGGGAAGACAUGUCAAAGGUGAGAAGCAUGAUAAAAGAUAAAGGCUUGGAGAAAAAACCAGGAAGUAGCUGGAUUCAGGUAGGCCACCGCAUUUACGUUUUCCAUGCUACGAGUACCUUUCAUCCUGCAUUUGCAAAGAUUGAAGAGACUCUGGAUAGCUUAUUGUUGGUGAUGAAAGAUGAAGAUUGUAUGCUGGCUAAUCCGAUGUUUUGUUCCCAUAAUGAUCAACUUUCAAUGUAA